UCCAUGCAACUGUUCAAAAACAAACCUCUCCAGAUCAGUCAACGAGUCUUGGCUUUUCUCUGUAAUAUAUUACUAUCUGGCUUCAAAGCAAAGCAGACACUCUUUUCGUUUAGCUCAGUCUAUUGUUCCAAUGUUUCAAUGGUGAAUACCAAUGGGCGCUCUGGCCAUUCAAUCGCCCACAACGAGGUUUUCUCGUUCCACUUGCCCGUUGGUUCUUGGUUGGGUCUAGCGUUCUCGAUUGGUGUUCUCGCUUUUCUCGGUCUUUGUGGUCUCGAAGAGAAGGAAAUAGCCGGAGAGUUCCACCUUGUUUCCUUAGAAAGAAGGUCAGGAGUUGCCUGGUGAUCGUUGACGAAUCUUGAAGGUUCUCAAACGGUGCAGUGAGUAAAUGCUUGGGGGUUUGAAUCAGUGCAGAGGAGUUCUUGAACCAUGUGUGUGUCGUCCAAUGGCCAAUAAAUGAGUGAUCAUUCAUCAGCCAUGAAUUUCUCCCAAGGCGACAACCAAGAUCCAGACUUGAGUGAAACUGUCGCGUUCCACUCCCCAGCCAAGAACAAUGGGAUAGAGAUGCACGCAUUGGAGAUCACAUUUUGGUGUCUGGAUGUCAUGACAAUUAUUGGGAACUUUUUGAUCAUUUUGUCCGUGUUGUACACACCAAAGUUGAGAACUGUGACCAACUGCUUCAUCCUUUCCUUGGGAGUGGCAGAUUUUCUCGUGGGCGUGACGGUACUACCCCCGGCAAUUCUCAUCACCCAUUAUGAUGGCGUAUGGGUCCUGGGCUGGAUCCUCUGCGACGUGUGGAUCUCGCUUGAUAUCCUUCUGUGCACGGCCUCUAUCUUAUCCUUGUGCGCCAUCUCCAUUGAUCGCUUCCUCGCUAUCUCUCGGCCCAUUUCCUAUUCCAAAAUGAGACGUUCCAAAACCCUGGCGGUAAAGAUCAUCUCCGGCGUUUGGCUUCUCUCACUCCUCAUUACAUGUCCGCCAAUUCUCGGAUGGUCAGAUUCUGGCCGACACGGCCUGGAUGAAACCGAAUGUCGGUACAAUGAGAACGCGGGCUAUGUGAUCUACUCCUCCAUUGGAUCAUUCUACGCACCCAUGCUGGUCAUUCUGUACACGUACGCUCGAAUUGUCCACGUGGUCCGCACCAGGAAUCAAGAGUUUAAAGAGUCUAUGUACGGUGACGCUUUGCCAAUGAGAUGCAAAUCCGAGGUAUCGAGCUCACAGAUGGUGGACUUUGAAAGUACCCGCGACAUCCAGCCGUCGUCGCCUCGAGUCAGCGCUAAAAAUCAGUGCUUCGAAAUGAGCAAAACCAAGAGUGGUGCCAACGUCAAGCCUUGUCAUAUCCCCUCUCAACCCAUCAAAAGGCCAUUUCGAAGGUCGGUUUUGACGGACAAAGAUAACUUGGUCGAGGACCCGGGUCUUUUUAGCACCUCUUCCCCAGCGUCUCUGGGGGUAAAUUGGUACUUUGUGGAUCUUUCUCCGCAAGUGAGUUGUCAUCCUCAUCCAGCCGUUCUCCCUUGUCCCACAUGUGGCGGUCCAGCCUCGACCAAUGGAUCCAUUAUUCAUUUGUCAUUCGUCGAAGAGGCCGCUAAGAGUAACACAACUGCUCAAGGUGGUCAGAACUGGUCAAGGAUCAAACGGUCCUCUCCCGAGACAACCAAUGGGCUCACCAUCGACCCCAUGGGUAAUAGUCUUAAUGGAAGUCCUCAUCUGGCUCACUCCAAGAUCCGCCAUAAGGCCUCGAACGUCUCUCAAAAUGGCCUCAUGACAGCGUCUUCGCAUCGUCACAUUCACAUCCGUGAGGCCCGCACGGCCAAGCGCUUAGCCAUUGUGGUGGGCUUCUUCAUCAUGUGCUGGCUACCCUUCUUUGUCCUCUAUGUCAUGGCGCCUUUCUUGAGCACCGAAACUUUCCCUGCAACCGCAUACGAGUUAUGCACAUGGUUGGGUUGGGGAAAUUCUGCUCUUAAUCCGUUCUUAUACGCCGCCUAUAAUCCCACGUUCCGCUCGGCCUUCUACAACCUGACGUUUGGCAAGGUUAAAUCCUUGUGGCAAACCAUUUCCAAAGGAGGGACUUGAGACGCUCAAA